AUGAUACAUUAUAGAGCAUGGGCCUCGUCCGCACCGUUGAUGUACUUCCCGGGUGGCGGCGUUGAUCCGGGUGCUUUUGACCAUAAGGUGAAGGAGGAUUUCUUGAACGCUGGAUGCAACGAAAGAACAAUCACGAAUGGACUUGCGGCAAUAAUGUCACUCUCAAAAACAGGUUUGUUGUCUUCAAGUGAGGACGUUGUUGGAAGAUAUUCCUGA